AGAGGAGCGGCGAGUCCUCCAGAGCAGCCGAGCGGGGCCUCCGGGCUGCCUAGAGAGGGCAGCGAGUCCUCCAGAGCAGCCAAGCGCAACUUCCGGGUAUCGCAGAGCGGUCCCGCCGUAAGAACACUUCCCGGUUAGAGCUGGCCGCUGUACCGGCAGCGGGAGCUCCCGGUGACCUGCCGCCCCCCCCCCCCCGCCAUGCUGGAGGCCUCCGCCCGCCGCCGCCGCCGCCGCCCCCGCCGCCCCCCCAACCCCCUCUUCACCCGCUGGCUCCAGGAAUGGCGGGACGAGGCCGCCGGGACGCGGGCGAGGGGCACCUACGAACGGGCGCUGCGGUCGCUGUCCCGGUACCCGCUGCCCCUGCGCUCGGGGAGGGCGGCCGCCGUCCUGCGGCACUUCGGGCCCGGGCUCUGCCGCCGCCUCGAGAUCCGCCUGCGGCAGCACCGCGCCGAGCAAGGCCUGCCCCCCAGCCCCCCAGCAGGGGGUAGGGUGCCGGAGAGCCCCCUGACUCCACCCACACGCCACUCGCCCCGUGACUACCGGCCCCUCCCCCGCUCGGGGGCCCACGCCCUCCUGCUGACUCUGCACAAGAGCUCAGAGCCCCUCCCAGAGGCGGAGCUUCUACAGCAGGCUCAGCCCCUCUGCGACCGGCCUCUGAUCCCGACAGCCCCCGAGGGGGCUCUGGGCACCCUCCUCCACCGGGACCUGCUGCACCGGAGUGGCCGCCGCCCCCCCCGGUACUCGCUGACCCCUCGAGGUCAAAUCCUGGCCCAGCGAUUGGCUGCUGCUGCUCUGGAAGCCCCGCCCCCAGCGGGGGGGACUGAGGAAUCUGGGGAGGGUCCCCAGUUGAGGGGGGGACACCCCCCCCUUUCCCCCUCCCCCCUGUGUGACCCCGAGGCGGAGUUCGAGCUGAGACCCGGCGAGUUCGACAUUGUCCUCUGCGCCGACGUCUCCGAGGCCAGCGGGCGGGGUCCCGCGGGGGGGCGGGUCCCGGCGCUGCUGCGGGGGCGGGUCCGGCUGCUCCUGCGCCGCCUCCACGUCGGCGACUUCCUCUGGGUGGCCCGCGAGAAGGACCCGCCCCCAGGCGCCCCCCCCCGGGAGCUGAUGCUGGACGUGGUGGUGGAGCGGAAAGCGGCGGCGGAUUUGGGGAACAGCCUGACCGACGGGCGCUACCGGGAACAGAAGUUCCGGCUGGGUCGCUGUGGGCUGCGCCAGCCCGUUUACCUGCUGGAGGAACCGCGGGAGGGCAAGGAGCUGCCCUUCCCCCUCCCCGUCCUGCGCCAGGCGGCCGUCAGCACCCAGGUGGUGGACGGUUUCUUCGUAAAGCGAACGGGGGGGCCCCAAGAAACGGCCGCGUAUUUGGGAGUGCUGGGGGAGCAGCUGGAGCGUCGCUAUGGGGGCCGGGUGCUGCGGGCGUGGUGGGGGGACGUUACCGCCCGGGCCCCCCCCGAACCCCCUGGGGUCCCCUGCGCCCUCCUGCCCUUCCAGCGCCUGCGCUCGGAGGGGGGCAAGAACCAGGCUCAGACCGUGGGUGACGUCUUUGCCCGGCAGCUGCUCCAGCUGGGGGGGGUCAGCGGGAGGAGGGCGGCCGCCGUCCUGCGCCGCUUCCCCACCCCCGCCAGCCUCAUGGCCGCCUACAGCAGCUGCCCCCACCCCCGAGAGCGCGAGACCCUGCUCAGCACCGUCAAGUGCGGCCCCCUGCAGAGGAACUUGGGUCCCUCCCUCAGCAGGUCCCUGGCCCAGCUCUACAGCACCCCGGGGCCACUGCCGUGACGGUGACGCCUCGUUGUCACCCCUCCUUGUCACCGCCCCCCCUUGCCACCACCUUUGUCACCCCUCCUCGUCACCCCCCCCAUCACCCUCUGCGUUGUCACCUCUCCUUGCCGCCCCCCCUUAUC